AUGGAUCCACAAAUGCACGAGCGUCGAAAACGGCGACAAACACUCGCCGAGUUGGGAUCUUCGAUGCGCCUUCUCUACGACGAGACAGCGUUUGGUGAUCGGAAAGGGUCGUGGAUGGACCCGGAGCAGCGGGUGAUCCUGAAUGUUGGUGGGAUUCGACACGAGACAUACACACAUGUGCUCAAGAAAAUCCCGGCCACACGGUUGAGUCGAUUAACGCCAAAUUUGGCUAAUUACGACUCGGUGUUGAAUGAAUAUUUUUUCGAUCGACAUCCUGGAGUUUUCGCAAUGAUUUUAAACUAUUACAGAACCGGCAAACUUCAUUACCCGACAAACGUUUGUGGUCCACUUUUCGAGGAAGAACUUGAGUUUUGGGGUCUUGACGCGAAUCAGGUGGAACCGUGCUGUUGGAUGACGUACACGCAACAUCGAGACACUCAAGAUACUCUGGCUGUGAUUGAGUCUUUGGAUUUGGAUCGCGAUCCUCCCACCGAAGAAGAGGUGGCGAAGAAAUUCGGUUGGGAAGACGAUUACUACUCACAUUCGUUGAAUUGGUGGCAACGAACAAAACCUCGUCUGUGGGCACUUUUCGACGAUCCAAACUCGUCAAAAUUGGCACAGAUUCGUUCCUACCUCUCGGUGAUCGUCGUUUUGGUGAGCAUUCUAUCAUUUAUGGCGAAGACGCAUCCCUACUUUCGAAUACCACAAAUAACCGUGAUUUACGAGACGGGCGUCAUUCUGGAGAAUCGUCGAGCGGCGAUCGGUGCGAUCAAAGAUUUCACACAACCUUGGUCUCAUUUCUUCUACAUUGACGCGAUUUGCAAUGUCUGGUUCACUUUUGAGCUGAUAGCCCGUCUAUUUUUCUGCCCAAACAUAUCGAAAUUUCUGCGCUCACCGCUGACGAUCAUUGACAUUAUUUGUACAGUGGCUUACUAUAUCGACUUGUUACUGCACGCUAUAUUGUUGCAAGCAGGCUCAAUCGUGACUCUCGAUUUCUUGUCGAUGAUCUGCGUGAUGCGCCUUUUCAAGCUCACACAACACUUUUCCGGGUUGAAGAUUUUAAUACAAACUUUUAAGGCAUCCGCUGAAGAAUUGGGUCUCUUAGUCUUUUUCGUUUUGUUAGCCAUUGUGAUAUUCGCGGCAUUGGUUUAUUAUGCGGAGAGGAGUCAACUCAAUCCUGAUAAUCAGUUCACAUCGAUACCGACUGGGUUGUGGUGGAGUCUCAUCACCGUUUCCACCGUCGGCUUUGGUGACAUGGUCCCAAAAACGUGGCUGGGAAUGGUGGUCGGAUCGGUUUGCGCGAUGAUGGGCGUGUUGACGAUAGCGUUACCCGUGCCCGUCAUUGUCUCGAAUUUCUCGAAUCUCUACUCUCAUUCACAGGCACGAUCAAAGUUGCCGAAGAAGCGGAGAAGAGUUUUACAGGCUCACGAGGUAAAACCGAAUCUCCUGAGCGUGAAGAGUGUUCCGGGGAAACCGCGAAAACGUUCAAACACCCCAGCCACCCCGCCAAUCGAUCAACGAAAAACGGGGAUCAAUGGAGGGGCCGAUGUGGGCAAAGGAGAAGAGAUGGCGAGAACACCGAGAAGUGCCAAGGGACAUUUACAUCAUUCAAAUCCACACUCGUCUGCGAAUCACCAGGAGGCGAAUAGGUUGAUCGAGAAU